UCUUUUGCCUUUUUCUACCAUGAUUGUCUUCUCCAAUGAGAGUUGCCUUCUUAUUAUAUACCCAGAAUACAACAGCAUCAGUUCUGUCAUUUCUGCUUCCAAAGAAAGUUCUGCCUUGAUUUGAUCUAGGACCCACUUUCUUACCUUUCUGUUGAUCCAGGCACUUGCAAAGCUUCCCUCCAGUUACAUGUUUUGAAUGCAGUGUUCUUCGUGUCUGCUUUCUUCACUGUCCAGCAUUCACACUCAGACGUAGCAGUGUUUUGAUGCUGGAAAAAUGUGCCUCUGAAGCUAGUUUGAGUGAUACUGGCCAAGGAUUGAGAGACUGGAUCAAGCAGGUCUUGAAUCAGGAUUUGUCUUUCCAACAUAUAAAAGUCAUCUAUCCAACAGCUCCUGCCAGACCAUACACACCUAUGAGAGGAUCCUUGUCCAAUGUGUGGUUUGACAGAUAUAAGAUCGCUAAUGAUUGCCCAGAACAUAUUGAAACCAUUGACUCGAUGUGUCAAGCACUUACGUGUCUGAUUGAUGACGAAGUUAAAAAUGGCAUCAGAAAGAACAGGAUACUCUUGGGUGGUUUUUCAAUGGGUGGAGGUAUGGCAAUGCACCUAGCCUAUAGGUACCACCAAGACGUGGCUGGAGUGUUUGCACUUUCAAGCUUCCUCAAUAAGAAUUCUGCUGUUUACCAGGCACUGAACAAGAAUGAAGGAAGACUCCCAGAGUUAUUCCAGUGUCAUGGAACUGCUGAUGAGCUAGUUUUGUAUUCUUGGGGUGAAGAAACCAACAAGAGAUUAAAAUCCCUGGGAGUACCAACAACAUUUCUGAGCUUGCCAGACCUUUACCAUGAACUGAACAAAAGUGAGCUAGAAAAACUGCAAGCUUGGAUUCUGAAGAAAUUGCCAGAAGAGCCCUGAUUAAUGACCAGUGACAGAUCUGAUCUAUAAAAAUAACAUUUCACAUGGAAGGUUCUAUGUUCCAUUACUAUAAGUAUUCCCUAUUAAUUGAAACAUCUUUUGCACCAAAAUGAUCAGAUGAGAAUAUUAAAAACUCCUGAAAAUAUAAAUAACUGUAAACCUUACCAGGAUGUAUUACUGUAGUGAGCUGUACAGUCUUCACUGUAUGUAUCAUGUGAUUUAAAUUGUAUGAGAAAUGAAUUAUGAAUUAUCAAGCACUAACAGAAUCCCAUCUCAUCAUGAUGGGAGAAGUUUUUGUGCUGAGGCAGCUGCUAACACUGAACAACUGGAGGGUACCCUCUGAAAGCUUGUAUCAGAAUUUAUUAAUUUUAGUUUUGGUUUUUUAUCACUGCAGAUUAAAUGCUGAGCGAUGGUAAAUUGAGAUAAUCCCUGGUAAGCCCACAUACCCUUUUGUUGCCCUGACAAUUUCUUUAGGAUCAUUUGCAGCAUCUGCCAUUGUGAACCUGAGCAUGUUUAUGGACAAGUGAGUCCUAGUGAGUGCAGGGCUUCUUAGUAUGCCAUGCUUAGGUUGCACCUUAAAGGCAGAACCAGAGUGGAUCAGGACAGAGAACACACAUACACAGAUUUUGAAUGCCCUUCACUUCAGAGACAGUUUGCCACCCAGCAUGGGGACAGGCAGCUUUUCUCACAAGCACAAAUCCCAUUCCUUAUUGAAGCACGGAGGUGACUUUGCAGCAUUUUGGAUCUUGGCCUAUAGACAGUGUUCAGGAGGCCUGCUUCUGCUCUGUUACUUCUGUCACAGAUGAAACUACUGUAGCCGCCAGCACAAGCAGCCACUGACAGCCGCCUCCUCCAUGAAUUUGUGCAGUUCCCUUCCAAAGGUGUGGCCAUCACCACAGCUUGUGGCAGUGAAUUCCAUAGUUUAAGUAUGUGUGUCCUUUGAGCUCUCCUGAAUCUGAUCACCUUUGAAGCCAUACGUCCUCUGGCAAAAUACAGCACAGGAGUCUGCUCCCUGUCAAUAAUAACAGCAAUUAGUCAAUGUGCUGUUAAUGUUCAGAAGUAUAUUUUCCAGGGGCAUUUUUUAAACCUAUAUAUCAUGCAGCCAUGCAUUUCAUUUGUAAGAGUUGAAGGCCAUUUGGCAAAUCUAAAUGAAACAAAUGAGCCGACUUAAGCAGCCUGUUUCAUGAUACCUUCUGGAGCUGCCACUUGUGCUGGCAAAGUACAUAAUUCAGCAAGCAAAUGAAAAUGACUUCAAAUUAGGCUUCAAUUCCCCUGGGCUCCGUAAAGGUUCUCUGUUCUGCUUGGAAACAAAUGUGUGAGUUUGGUGGUUGAGUUUUUUAUUUUAAUCUUCCACUGUUAUGAAUGUAUGUUUUUAAAAAGAGAGUUGCUCCAUUUCAUGCAUAAAUUGGUGCUUUGAAUAGCAAUGCUUCCUGACUAAGGCAGCUGGAGCCGGAAAACAAUUACAGGCAAGACUGAAAUCGGCUGAUCAAGCCUAAAUUAUUGGUAAUAAAACUGGAAUUAAAGAAGA